GCCUCGUCGUCUUCGCGGUCUGAUCUGUCUUUGGCUAUGGAGAAAGCCCUACAUUGUAGGCUAGUCUACUCACUACGUCUACGUCAAUCAUCAAACUGCUCGAGCUGUUCGUUUGUUUACUGCGCAUGCGCAGAUUUGCACCCGGAAGUAUUGACAGUUUAGUUUAACGAGAUCUGCAACCACCACAACAUGCUGAUAUAUUUACCCCCAAAUAAGCAACGUGACAUGUUUUAAAGCCUCUAGUUAAAAACAGUAACAGAAUGCCCGUUCGAAACACAAUAACCGGUGGGAUCCCCAACAGCAAAGUCCGUUACUCCAAAUUGGCCAAUGAUGACGAUGGCUACAUCGACUUACAGUUCAAAAAGAGUCCACCCAAAGUCCCAUACAGGGCCAUCGCCCUGGCAACGGUGCUCUUCCUAAUAGGGUCUCUGCUGAUUAUCAUUGGCGGCCUCCUUCAGGCGGGAUACUUCCAUGUCUCGCAUCAGGAUCGCACCAUUCCCGUCCUAAUCAUCGGAAUCCUGGUGUUCCUUCCUGGAUUUUAUCAUCUGCGGAUUGCCUACUAUGCCUUCCGAGGUUACCGUGGUUACUCCUAUGAUGACAUUCCUGACUUUGACUGACGUUGGUACGGCAACCAGACAGUCCUGAGGGGAACUCCUCUGUCGCCAGACAUUUGGGGUUGUUUCUGAGCCGGGUUUAAGAUGUGAAAUAUGUAAAUGCUCUGAGAGAAUUGACUGUGAAAUGAGAAUUAUAUUUCAUUCUAUUUUAUGCAACAGAUUGUGUAAUAAUUGAUUUGAUGGUAGUCUAGAGUCAUGUAGAGAACAGCUGCUUUCAUUUCAAACUUGUGAAAACAUUCCUCCUCCCAAUCUGUGCUGCCAUCCCUGACUCUAAUCAAGGAGUGAGAUUAUGAUGGACCCCCUUAGCAAUAAAUCCCCCCCCCACACACACACACACGCACACGCACACGCACACACGCACACACACACACAUACACAUACACACACACACACACACACCCACCCCGUCCUCAGUUAUGAACUCCAGUAGAGGUGGACCUGCACCCAGCUAGUGUACAACCAGUGUCCAGCCGAUCCUCAGCCAGCACCCAGCCAGCACCCAGCCAGUGGCUCAGUCUGCUGAGUUCCAGAGAGAUGGCGUCCAUCUGAAGCGAUUAAGCAUGAAGGCUUUCAUCUCCACAUGCCGUCCCCUACAUGCGGGCAGCAGGCAUGGCAUGCCCAGGGCAUUAAACUCGCCGGCACGCCCUCAUCACUGGAAAGCACCCGCACCCAUGCCCACUCCCAUGCCCAACUCCCAUGCCCACUCCUCUCCUAAUUGUCCAGCUCUGGAUUCAUUUGUCUUCAUUUGUUUGUUUGGAUUUGUGGGAUUGCAUCUGUAAUUCAGUUGUGUUAGAGGCUUCCCACAGGCCAAAGUUUAAUCAGUGUGCUCAGCUGGAUGUGCCGUGUGUUUGUGUCGGAUCAGAUCAGCCGGGGAGUAAUGAAGGGGCUAGCGUAGCGUAGCCCCCCGCACAACUCUACUGUACAGCCUCAUGUUCAAACAAUAAAGUGGAAUGUGCUACAACACUGCACGCAGCAUUCA